GCAAAGAAGAGAGAGGAAUGCGCCACCGCGGCCAACCGUGGUGACCUCGCCGCCGGCGAGGCCUGCCUCCCCGUGCCCAUGGAGGCCGCCGCCGACGCCCUCGACAUCCUCAGCAAGCUACAGUUCCUCGGCUUCUGCUCCGGUAUCAAGAUCCCCGACCCCGCAUCUUCCCGCCCCUCCGAGGUGUUCGACGCCGUCCUCGCCGCGUUCCUGCGCGAGGUCUACCCCGGCAAGCGCGACGCGCGCCCGCUCCCGGCGACCCUAGGCGACGGGCGUCGCGUCGACCUCCUCCGCCUCUUCGCCGCCGUCCAGGCAGGCGGCGGCUACGCGUCGUGCUCCGCCGGCGCCUGGGCCGCCGCCGCCGAAUCCGCAGCCCUCGCCGCGCCCGUGAAGAUACUCUACGCCAAGUACCUCGGCGCGCUAGAUCGCUGGAUCCAGAGGCUCUUGGAAGCUCAGCCGCCGUCGGAGAAGAAGGAAGAGCCGUCCCUGUACUGCAAUGGGAGGGGGCAGCAGGAUGUGGUGUUAAAGAGGAAGAGGGAGGACAUGGCCGGGAUGCUGGAAUGGGUGAGGGGGCUCGCCGAGAGCGUCUCGGAGGAGGACGCCAUAGCUGCCGGAUUGGCGGAUGAAUACUUCCCGGUGGCGUUGGCGGUGCGCGAGGCGGUGUCCAGGAAGAGGGCUCGCCGCGCAAGCGUGACAAAUGACACACUCUUGCAGGAAGUGGGUUGCAAGUGCUGUGGGAGUAUCACCAGUGCCAAAAUAGAUGUCCAAUGUACUAAAAAGCUUCUAGUGCAGCAUGCUGGUUCAGAUACUAAUAAGCUGACAAAAGUUGUUGAAAAUAUGAACGGGUCCUCAAUGGUCAUAGAAGAGGAGAGCGAUUUGAAUGGACAAUGGAAACACGAGUGCAAGAAGCAGCUAAGCUCGUCUGAUGGUUGGCAUUUUACACCAGUUGGCCCCAGUUAUCAAGCACAUGUGCCACAGUGGACGAAUAUUCUGCCUGAAAAUUAUGGUGAUCCAGAAACCUUGAAAUGGUUGGGCACAAAACUCUGGCCUCUGGAAAAUGAGAACAAAAUAGCACCAUUUUACCGUGACCCAAUUGGCAAAGGCAGAGAAGAUAUUUGCAGCUGCAAUUUUCCACGAUCAGUAGAAUGUGUUAGGUUUCAUAUUGCAGAAAGGCGGCUUCAGCUGAGACGUGAACUUGGUUCUGCUUUCUACGUGUGGGGAUUUGAUCGUAUGGGUGAGGAAAUUGCACUUUCUUGGACAGAUGAAGAGGAGGCAAAUUUCAAGGCUGUAAUGCAAAUGUAUGCUCCAUCUCCAGGAAGGAAUUUAUGGAACCGUCUCCACUUAUCCUUUCGCUUAAAGCGAAAGAAAGAACUCGUGAGCUAUUAUUUUAAUUGUUUUCUUCUUAGACGGAGGUGCUACCAGAAUAGGAUUACACCAAAGAAGAUAGAUAGUGAUGACGAGGAAGAGACAGAAUUCAGAUUUUUGGGCAACCGUCUGGGACAAAGUGCGACCAAGUACGACAGUACCAAGCACACCAUUUGCAUUCAAAGUACACACUGCAUGGAUCUUGAUCAGUAGUUGCUGACCACAUUCUAGGUUGCUGGUUGAAGCUUGCUAAUUCUCAGUUUUCUCCUUGUUUAGAAAUCAGAUUGAAUGCUUCCAUUCAUUGAUUUUGUCAUACCCAUGACAUUGCAUGUGAGUUGCUGCGAGUCAUGAGUUAGAGCUUGGAACAGUUUGCUACUAUUUUGGAGCCUGACCAGCAGUCGAAGUUUUGACGGUUAUCUGUCAGCACCCACAUGGACAAAUUUCCAAGCGAAAAGUGCACUGGUACAACAGCAUUUUCACCAAUGCUUUUUUGGAAGGUAUCAUCAUGUGUACCUGUUUUGUUUAUUCUUUGUGGGUUAACUUGUACACUAUCCGGUAGGCAUAAUCACCAGUAGCAUGGUCUAGCCCCUCUCUGUUGUAUUUCACUAGUGAUGGAGUAGAAAGUGCAUGGGUAUAUGUAGAGGUUAGUCUUCUCAAAUGGAUGAUGCAGAUGUUCUUUGUAUAAUCAGCAUGUGUACUGUUUUUCUUUGUGA